AUGGAGCCGAAAACUAAAAAACAACGGCGUUUUUCGAGCUUAUCAAGCGAUGAAAUUCAGCUCUUAAUAGAAAAAAAAGAUUCGGAAAACACUCAAAAGUCGACAAAAAAUGCUGUGGGAACCCUUAUAGCAUUUUGUAACGAAAUUUCUCCCGAGGAAUCUCCGCCGAAAGACGUUGAAUACCUCGAAAAUCUGUCGAAAGAAGAACUCAACGAACUUUUGACUGCUUUUUUCCCCAAUGCCAGGAAAAAGAAUGGCGAAAACUACAAAAAAUCUGCUCUUAUGGGUUUAAGGUUUGGUCUUCAGAGGCAUUUUCUACUUAAAAAGAACGUUGACAUCAUUGGUGAUCAAGAAUUUGCAAAAUCAAAUCAAGUUUACGAGGCAGCCAUUGUUGAAUUAAAACGGCAAG